UUAAGAUGGAUAAUUUUCAUGUUUUUUAGGUUCCCUGGCAUGUUCCAUGUGGAGGUGUCUGUUAUGGAGAUGGAAAUCUAGUUUUUAUUGCUAAUGAUUGGCACACCGCACUAUUACCCGUUUAUCUGAAAGCCUAUUACCGUGACCAUGGAGUGAUGAAGUAUGCUCGAUCUGUUUUGGUCGUACACAACAUAGCUCAUCAGGGUCGCGGUCCUGUGGAAAACUUUUUCCAUGUGGAUCUUCCAGAACAGUACCUGGACCUUUUCAAGCUCUAUGAUCCAGUUGGUGGUGAUCACUUCAACAUAUUUGCAGCUGGCCUGAAAACCGCUGACCGGGUGGUUACCGUCAGCCAUGGCUAUGCAUGGGAGCUGAAGACCUCUGAAGGUGGCUGGGGCCUCCAUGAGAUCAUCAACCACAAUGACUGGAAAUUUCGAGGUAUCGUGAAUGGGAUCGACACCAACGAUUGGAACCCGAAGUUCGACGUUUACCUCCAAUCCGAUGGUUACACCAACUACUCCCUCAAAACACUUAAAACCGGCAAACCCAAAUGCAAGGCUGCCUUGCAGAAAGAAUUAAGUCUACCUCUCCGCCCCAAGGUUCCAGUCAUUGCUUUCAUUGGGAGAUUGGAUCAUCAGAAAGGAGUGGACCUCAUAGGAGAUGCUAUGCCAUGGAUUGCUAGUCAAGAUGUGCAGCUAAUCAUGCUAGGAUCAGGAAGACCAGACCUUGAAGACAUGUUGAGAAGGUUUCAGGAACAGUACCAUGACAAGGUGAGAGGAUGGGUUGGUUUUUCUGUGAAAAUGGCGCACCGAAUCACUGCAGGGGCUGACAUUCUACUCAUGCCAUCGAGAUUCGAGCCUUGUGGACUGAACCAGCUCUAUGCGAUGACCUAUGGAACUGUUCCAGUGGUGCAUGCCGUGGGAGGAUUGAGGGAUACUGUCACUCAGUAUGAUCCUUUUAAGGAAACUGGGCAUGGAUGGACCUUCGAUAGAGCUGAGGCUGGGAAGCUCACAAAUGCACUGGGUAAUUGUUUGAAUACUUACUGGAACUAUGAAAGUAGCUGGGAGGGUCUUCAGAUGCGAGGAAUGACGCAGGAUCUCAGCUGGGACAAUGCUGCUAAGAUUUAUGAGGAAGUUCUUGUGGCUGCCAAGUAUCAAUGGUGAGUUUCAGACCGUUCUUUCUUAAGCUGAUGAACAGAGAUGCUGUAUUUUUUGUAUGUUAUUGCAGCUUUUCUGAAAGCAGUUUCUUGUUCCAUUAGAUAUUAGAUAGAGCAGGAAUUUAUGCUGUAUAUUGUAUGAUAAGUUGUAUUAAGUUCAGUGAUCCUGCUGGCUUCCUGCUAAAACGUCUUCUUACAACUUCUUUGUGUUUUUUAUUAUUUGGUAUGAAGGGAUAACCAAUAAAUUGAAGAGCGAACCAA